AGCUUCCAGGGCAGAGGUCCUCAUCUGUGGUCCCAGUGGCUGACAGGCCACUAUGGCAGGCUCCUUUCUCCCUUCCCUGCUGAUCCUAGUGCUGCUGGCCUUGGGGUCUGCCGGACAAGAAGAAGACAAUGGGGACAAGGAUGGGGAGAAGAUUAUUGGUGGGGAACCCUGCACUGAAGGCUCCAACCCCUGGCAGGUGGCCCUACUCAAGGGCGAUCAGCUCCACUGUGGAGGUGUCCUGAUCCACCCACGCUGGGUCCUCACUGCCGCCCACUGCCUGAUGAGUCAGUACAACGUGUUUUUGGGAAGUGAUCAGCUGGGUGAUAAGAGCGGCCGGAUAAUCAAGGCCGUAAGAUCGUUCCGCCACCCUGGGUACUCCACACAGACCCAUGUCAAUGACAUCAUGCUGGUGCGACUCAGUAGCCUGGCCAGGCCAUCAGCCAAAGUGCAGAUGGUCAACUUGACUUCCCGUUGUGCUCCUCCUGGGACCAAGUGCAUCGUCUCUGGCUGGGGCACCACCACCAGCCCCGAUGUGUCCUUCCCCAAAAAACUCAUGUGUACGGAUAUCAGCCUCAUCUCCCCCCAGGACUGCAAGAAGGUUUACAAAGACCUCCUGGGCAAUGCCAUGCUGUGUGCUGGCAUCCCCAACUCCAAGAAGAAUGCUUGCAAUGGUGACUCAGGGGGACCGCUGGUGUGCAAUGGCAAACUGCAGGGCCUGGUGUCCUGGGGUUCAUUCCCAUGUGGCCAACCCAAUGAUCCAGGUGUCUACACCCAAGUCUGCAAAUAUCUGAAAUGGAUCCAAGACACUAUCAGGGGGAACCCCUAAGCUCUUCUCUCUCUCCAUGUCCUCCCCUGAGCAGCAAAGUCACCACAAGUAGUGACCUCUAACCACACUGGGCUUUACCUUUCUUCGAAGACCCGUUACAAACCUCAACCAUAUGUCGUGUGUGAACCCAUCAAACUAGCAAGGUUCUCCAAGUACCCCCAAGUCAGUGCUGAUACGAGUGUGGGGUGCCAGCAUUGUCAGCUGUAGGGGUUGUAAAUUGGUGCAGUUUCUACUGUUUGUCACCGAGACCUUACUCGUCACCUUUGGCUCAGGAAUUGAAUUUUAAAACUAAGAAGAGACUACCAAGAUAUCCAUCCCACAACCUGGAACAAGGCUUGGAUUCACGACAGCAUGACUUAACAUCACAAAACCCUGAGCAUAUCCCAGCUGGGUAGACUGUUCAGGGAAGCAGUAGGCAGUGUUGAGAUGGGGUGUCAGGCAGCCUGUGUGGAUAAUUAUUACUUGGCAUAUUUGCGUGAUUGAGGGAAUAUUUAUGCUCUCUGAUGUUAAAGGGGGGGAGAGGAUAUACAUGUCUGUGACUCUCACCAUGUGAAAUGAAUUAGUUACAGAAUAAAAUUUGAAAGGUUAUGAGCCAAA